UCCGAUGCAGCUCCGCAGCAGUUUCCCGGCCUUAUCCGCGCCGCCGUGCCGGCCAACGUGCGGGUUGGGGCGUCCACCCAGACUCGGGAAGCACGGCCCUGAGAAGGAGCUCAUCGUGGCCGUGCCAUGCCUUUGGGGCCACUUCCACCGAUCCAGUCGGAGGGCGAGAGUAUAAGCACCAGGCACGAGGUCUCCUACUCCCUGGGCUUAAGCGAAGAAGUGGGAAGGAGCGAAGGCAAGAAGCUCUCGGCCUUUUCAGAGCGACGUUCCAUUUCUCAUUCCUCAAGCAGGAAGACCGUUGUGGACCCCAAGAGCGGCUUGAGCGGGAACUUCAUCAAGGCCAAGUCUACCCAGGGCUUUGAGGUGGAUACUGAUCGCGAGAGUUACACAAGUCGAUUGAAGAAAUCUGUCAAGCGUUUUCAGAAGAGCAAAGCCUUCUCGAACUUCAUGGUUUUCGUGGUGCUCUUCGACGCUUACUGCACCUGCCGGGACAUCGACGCUCGCGCCUCAUACUUUUCUCCGACACCGUCAGAUGCGCCGCAGAUGCUCAUGGUCUUGGCCGAUGUUUGUUUGCUGAUGUACACCCUGGAGUUGGCAUUGAACUUCUGGGUGCAAGGAUGGAAGCUCUUGAAAGACUGGAUGGUCCUUUUGGAUAUGGCGAUCAUCCUUUGUGGCUACAUAGAUUUGAUGUUGAACCUCAUUGCUCAACGCGACUUCGUGCUCCGUUUGGGCAUCUUCCGCGCCUUCCGCCUGGCCCGCAUCAUCCGUUUGAUGCGCGUGCUGCGGAAGAUGCGCGCCCUCCGUGAGCUUCAGAAGCUGGUGACGAUGAUGUCCACCUGCUUGAAGGCGCUCUUUUGGUCUUUCGUCUUUUGCUUUUUGGUGAUGAGCAUUUGGGCGAUGUUUAUGGUUGAGGUGGUGAAUCCUUUGAUUCACGAGAUGAAGAGCGAUGCCUUUCAGAACUGCCCGGAAUGUAUGACCUCGACGGGGUCAGUGAUGGCAGCGAACUUGCUCCUUUUCCAAACGGUCAUUGCAGGCGACAGCUGGGGCAAGUUGGCCGUGCCUGUGAUCAAAGCUCACCCUGAGACGGCCAUUAUUUUUGUCGGCAGCCUCCUGACGUUGGUCUUUGGCGUCCUCAACCUCAUCGUCGCCGUAGUGGUGGACACUUUUGCGGAAGCCAGAUCGCGAGAUAUUUUGAAUCUGGCUGAAGAAUUGGAGUAUGAUCAUGCAGCGGACCGGAAGUUUCUGCAGAGCGUCUUCGAUCGAAUGGACCUCAACGGCUCCGGGCAAAUCACCUUCGAGGAGCUGGUGGAAGGUGCCAGGAAUGAUCAAGAGUUCCAAAGCCGCUUGCGAGUGAUGGACAUAGACGAGACCGAUCUCAAACAGCUCUUCGAAAUGAUCGAUACCCACGCUGAAGGUGAGAUCAACGCGGCGGAGUUCAUCGGGCCUUUGAGUCGAUGGGUGCAUGAGUCGAAAACCGCGCCACGCUUUAUCAAGUACAACUUGCAGCGGGCGAUGCAGCAGCAGGAUGAUCUAUUCAAUUUCUGCGAGGAUUGCUUCAAUCUCGUGGGCGAUCGCAUCGACGACAUCGUCAAGCGCUUGGAUGUGGUGUCUCCAUCUAUUAGGACUAGUCACUACAAGGCACAUGACGAUAUAGAUACUCAGAGCACAGAGAUGGAGCAGUCAGACUUGCCACACCUAGCCAAGGUGCCAAGCGAGGCAGGCGUCAAGCCGAGCAACCUGGACACGGAGUUGGCGGCCGUCCGGGAACGCUUGGAAAAGCAAGUCAUGACCGCUGAGAUGGCAUUGAGGUCCUCAAUGUCGUGGGCGGUAGUUGAGGUCUUGGAGUCCGCGAUGGUGAACGUCGCUGUGCGCAGCGAUGUUCCGCCGAAGCGUCCUUCCAACCACUCCGCGGAAGUGGGAAUCGCCUCGGCGCCGCCCAUGUUGGGCGAUGGGAGGUUAAGCUCCAUCCGUGACUCCAUCCGUUUGGCGCGUACUGCAUACCCUCCUCAAUACUCCCCAAGCAGAAUGAGCAAACAAGCGAGCAUGAGCAGACAAGCGAGCACGAGCAGACAAAGCAGCCGGCGAAGCUCCUGGCGUGAGGCACCAGUGUCGAUGCCCAUCUCCCGAGGACAUGAGCGAUUUGAUACUGACUCUUCCACCGGAAGCCAUCAUUUAGGGACUUUGUCACAGCGCUCUUCCUCUGGCUAUGCAUCCAAGUGGAACACACAGGACAUCACCAGUUCCAAGGAACUUGCGUCCUUGCGGCGAGCGAGGAUGCCCCACCUGGAGCCACCAGCUGAGAGGAACCAUUCUGGAGCCUUGUAGCGCCACCAGGCCUGCCACCAGGGUGACCGAAGUGCGUGAGAAAUUCAAGAAGAUCAGCCCGGGAGAGAUCCCGAGAUCAUGCCAGUAUAUCCGAGCAGUGAGAGACAUUGGACCACUGAUGGGUGGCUGGCACCUGAGACCGGGUGCGCGGCAUGUUCCAAGUGUUGGUGUGAGACCGAACCCUGAAAAACACCUCAAGGGUGUCAGGAGCCAAGACAUUAUGCAAGGAGGGCAAGUUCUUCCUGCGUUCACUUCAUUCAGUGCCUGCUAUAGGCAUGGAAUGGUGUACCAAGUUCUGCAAUUGAUGCAUUGUUGGAUGCAUCCAAUAGGGGAUUGGAUGGUGAGUCGCACGUGGUUUGUUUAGCCCCUCCC